AUACUAUGUCAAGUUAAUCGCAAUUUUUAUUUUUGGAAAACUUUAUUUUUGAUCUAAAGAAACAUGUUGAAAGACAUCAAAAUACUAUUGUGGUUCUGUGUCGUACAUGUCCUGUACAUUAAGGCGUCACCUUCGUGCCAGAAGUAUCUAUGUACGCCCGAAGUGGAAAGAUUACGUGAUUAUAUAAACAUAAGAACUACAAAAGAUCGAAAUUUAAGUCCAGCUGUAGAUUACUUAAAAAGGUUAGGAGCAGCACAAGGCGUAGAAGUAACUGUGUUCGAGAACAAGCCGAACAAACCUUUAGUAAUAUUCAAAUGGCCAGGACAGGAUCCUACACUAAGCAGUAUCGCUCUUCUUUCUUAUAUUGACGUCAACUUUGCUUGUUAUGAGGACGGUUGGUCAUAUCCUCCUUUUUCUGGACAAAUAAACGAUAAUUGUGAAAUUGAAGGGCGAGGGACUCAAAGCCAAAAAUCCUUAUCAUUACAACAUUAUGAGGCUCUAAGUCGAUUGACAAAUAACAAUAAAACUCUGCUUCGAACUGUCUAUAUGAUAUUAACGUCAGAUCAAACAACUCCUCGGGAUGACGUAGAAGUGUUUUUUAAGAGUAAAACAUUUGAAGACAUGAAUGUAGGCUUUGGAUUGGGUGUGGGAGGUCCGAGCCCUCAGCGGGAAAUCUACUUGUAUAAUAAAUUUAAUACAAAGUACGUGAUACGAGUAGAUUGUUAUGGGCAGUCUACAUCCAGUGCAUUUUUAGCAAAUAUAAACAGUACGGCUUUAGGAGUGUGCGAAAAUUUCUACAAUUAUUACAACGAAUACAGAAAAGAACAAUACAGACUGUCACUGAGAAGUAACGAUUUUGGAGAUUAUACAGUAAUCAACUUUGUAGGGGGAAAGAACCUCGUAGAAUACAAUGUAGUACCAGCGCAUGUAACAGUCUACUACUCCGCCUACUUGGCUUUUGAUAUCUCGUUUGAUGACUUCGUUAAAAUGGUACGUGGUUGGGCAUCGGCCGCGGGUGGAAAUAUAACGAUCAGUUCAGUCGUCAAGGAAAAGGGUAUUUACUACACUAAGACUGAUAACAGUAACCCUUACUAUGUCGCAUUACAAGAAGCUUUCGAUGAACUAGAUAUAUCUUUUCGAGUUAGAGCAUCAGCAACUACGUCUGAUACUACAUAUUUGGUAAACGCCGGUGUACCUGCCUUCGGAUUGUUCCCAGUACUGAAUACACCACUGUUGGUCAACUCAGUCAAUGAACGGUUGCCACUGAGAAGUUAUUUGGAAGGAAUACGAAUCAUGGAAGCUGCGAUCUCGCGUCUUGCUAACUUAGCCGGCGACAAAACUGGCAAUGAUCCGCGGAAGUAUUUACUUGUAUCGAAAUCUCAUAAGUAAGCAGAUGUGACAUUUCGAAUUACCAUAACAAUGUGAAAUAAUUUAACUUUAUUCAAUAAAAUAAUGCACACAAUAAAAACGAUUAAUAAAUA